AUAAAAAAGCUUAAACAAUAUAUUUCGAUCAAACUUUUGUAAGUUUUAAUUGGAUUUCGAUCAUGACGACAUAGAACCUUAUUUGUAAGAACAUCGCAAGAUGAUAUCUUCGAACAGCAGCCCGGAGUUGUAGACGUUUCGUGGCGCACAAUAUCGAAGCAAGCCGCAUGCAACGAAGUGAAAAGUGAUGUCAAAUAGCAUUGGAGAGAGGGAGCGCGAUCUGGUGUCUGCCAAUCUGUCCACUGGAUUUGACCCAGAUCGCAGCAAUCGGGAACGACGCAAACUGAAAAGGAAAAUCUACUCUAAUGGCCGCAAGCGGACGCUGUAUGACGAGCGCGGCUACCUGGUGAAGAGUGACCAGAACGUGUGCGACUGCCUGCAGCCCGACUGUCCGGGCUGCCACUUCCCCUGCCCCAAGUGCGGCUCGCCCAUGUGUGGACACGAGUGCAGAGUAAACCGCAAGUGGAUGUACGACCAGGUCGAAAUUGAGGGCACCGACAAAGUUCUUCGCAAUCGUUUCCGGGAUUGAACCAGCUCGAAAGCCAUCGAUCGGUUCAGUCACCACCGUCCGCAGUUGAUCUCCAACCCGCACCAGUGCGCGUCUGCUCAGGCAGUGAGAAUCUGAUCAGGCAGACGCUGGGUAAACUUGUGUAAAUUCGCAGUGUCAGGUUGUGACACCGUAACAUACAGACGGUCGUAUCUGAGGAUUCGAUCGUCAGUCCAGUGCUGUGCCAUAGACUGCUCAGCGUUCUGAGGUACCGAGCCGGACAGCUGCGGGCGGCCGGCGCCCGGCUCAGAGAUGGCCUCCGGGGGCGGCAGUGUGCCGACCGUGCUGCUCGGUCUGGAGGACGCUCCGCUAAGCCCGGCCGAGGAGAGCCGCUCCGACCUGACCGUCAGUCGGCUGGGUGGCCGGCCCGACUGGCCGGCGGACCUCGCUCCGCCGCCGCCCCAGCCCGCCUGUGACCGCUGCGGCCGGCCGCAGCCGCUGGUGACGCAGAUCUACGCCCCGAUCGGCGCCUCCGCCUACCACCGCACGCUGUACCUGUUCGCCUGCGUCAGCCCCGAGUGCGCGAACGAGAGCGGUGCCUGGCGCUGCCUGCGCGCGCAGCAGCGGGCGGCGGCGGAACGCAGUGAGCCGGAGUCGACGGCGCGUGCCUCGCAACCCGCCACCGCCGCCGCCGCCGCCGACUGGCUGGACUCGGCGGACGACUGGGGAGACGGUGACGGUGGGUGGGGAGAUGACGACGGAGAGGUGGACAAUAGCAGCGCGGGAGGAAUUGAUAACGUCCGGAGUAAUACGGGAACGGGAGGCGGCGAGGAUAACCUGCAGACUCUGACGCCUAGUCUCCAGAAGCUGGCGUUGGAUGUGGACAACGCGAACCUGGCGGCUUCUGGUGACCCGCCGGCCGCGUCUGCUGAGGUGGAGCCCGCCUCUGAGGAGGGUGUCAGCCCGGAGCCAGUGGCGCCGCCCACCGGUGACCUGCGCGCGCUGCUGGCGGCCCGGCCGGCGCCGCCCGCCGGCACAGUCACCUUCCGACCGACCUAUCUGAGCGUCAUCGAGGAGCCGGCGCCGCGCGCGGCCGCCUCGCACCACGAGCUCGACCUGCUGCGCCAGUACCAGGCGCGCGAGGGCGUCAACAUGGCGCAGCUGUCUGCUGGCGGCGGCGGCGGGGGCGGGGGGACGGCCGCCGCCGCCGCCGAGGUGUACGAGCGAGCCGCGCCCGCGCACGGCGACCGGCUGCUCUACAAGCUGAUCCAGCGUCUGGAGCUGUGUCCGGCGCAGGUGCUGCGCUACGGCCGGGACGGCGGCGCGCCUCUGCCGCUGGCGCCGCUGCCCGCCGGCUGGGCGCCCGUCUGCGCCCACUGCGGCGGCCCGGCCGUGUUCGAGCUGCAGCUGCUGCCCACACUGGUCUCGCGGCUGCGCGCCGCCGACUCACAGGGAGCCGAGCGCACCGGGCUGCUAGAGUUCGGCACGGCCAUCGUCUACACGUGUCGCGACAGCUGCUGGCGCGCCGGCGACCGGCCGCGCACCGAGACCGUGCUCGUGCAGGCCGAGAUGCAGUGAGGAGCGGCUCAGAGACCGGCGGUGGUACAGGGAUGGGCGAGUGUUUACUCUGACUCGCGGUGGCGCCCAGACGCAGGGACACGCUUCUGCCAGGCACCGCCCCCAGCGCUUUCAUACGCUUGCCACUGUUCCCACAUCCAAACGUGUACCGCAAUGCAGCUUCCAUUGCUGUUCACGGCUUAGUCAGCAGUCAAUAAACUGUUAUGAUCAUAAAACCCGCACCUGUAUUCGUAUCAUAACAAUGAAUGCCACACGUCAUAAUAUACUGUAUAAUAAUUAA